ACUGUUACGACGGACAAUGGCGCAAACAUUAUAAAAGCAAUACAGUUAUUGGCAGAAGAGGGAGAGGUGGUUAUGGAUUUGCAGUCACAUGAAGAGGACGCCACUACUACGGAUUCGAACGAAUUUGCGUCAGAGGAAUACGAAAAUUCUACCGAAGUAGAAAUUAUAGAAGAAAUCGAUAAUGAUGUGCAGGAUAACGAUGGUAUUCUUACUGGUUUGCGGUGCGCAGCUCACACUCUUCAGCUCUCCAUUGGUGAUACUUUGCAAAAGGACAGGAAUACUUCCAAGCUCAUUGCGAAAGUCAGGGAAAUUGCCAAAAAGUUGAGAACUCCAAAUAUUUUUCAGUUCCUCAAAAAACAGAAUUUGAACAAGCCGAAACUUGAUGUCGCUACCCGCUGGUCAUCGACAGUUGAGAUGAUAGAAAGUGUUUUGCAGACGAAAGACUUUUGCACUGAAUUGCGUGACACAAACUUUUGCGACAUUCCGUCUUUAACGGAUAAAGAGUGGGACCAACUAGAAGGAAUUUUUGCCGCGUUAGAACCGUUUAGAAUUUGUACAAAACGUUUGCAAUCGGAACAAAUGAUUCUCAGCGAUUUUUACGCUAUUUGGUGCGAAACUAAAACAAGAACGACGAAAAUUGAAUUUAUCGAUUCGGAAAACGAGGUUGAGAUUCACAACCUGGAAUUACCACCCACGCAAGAUUCUGAUCUUGAAAUAAUUGAAAACUCGGAUCUGGAACUUGUGCAGGUUUCCGAAGCAGAAGAUUCGGUUGAUCGCCUUCUACAAAGCGUAUUUCAACAGGCUGCAUCGUCGACCCAAAAUAGGGACCCAGGAUUGGAGUCUCUUGAGUGA